AUGCUGUGCGCAAUUUCGGGAGAGGCCCCUCAAGUGCCUGUCGUCUCGCCCAAGAGCGGCAGCGUCUUUGAGAAGCGGCUCAUCGAAGCAUACAUCGCCGAGAACGGAAAAGACCCCGUCAAUGGAGAGGAACUCUCGACCGAAGACCUGAUCGAGGUGAAAGCUCAGCGCGUUGUUCGACCCCGGCCACCGACCCUCACCUCCAUUCCCUCCCUCCUCAGCGUGUUCCAGGAAGAAUGGGAUGCCCUCGCCUUGGAAACAUACACCCUGCGACAGACCCUGGCCCAGACCCGGCAGGAACUGAGCACCGCCCUGUAUCAGCAUGACGCCGCCGUUCGCGUGAUCGCUCGUUUGACCAAGGAAAGAGAUGAGGCUCGUGAUGCGUUGUCGAAGGUUACGGUCGGUGCCAGCCGCGCUGGUGCUUCCGGCGGAGAGGCUAUGCAGGUGGAUUCGGCUGGCCUUCCGGAGGCUGUCCUCGCACGGGUUGAGAGCACACAGGCAUCUCUCUCCAAGGGUCGCCGCAAGCGUCCCAUCCCUGAGGGAUGGGCUACUGCUGAUUCCAUCUCCACCUACAAGCCGACCGACAGCGCCAAGGUUCUCCCGUCCGGCGGCAAGGCUUUGUCUAUCAAUGCCUCUGGAGACAUUGCGCUCGUGGGAGGAGUUGACGCUGUCAUUAGCGUCUUCUCCUUGUCUCAGAAGCAGGUCCUGCAGCAACUUCAAGCGGACGGUCCGGUUACCGAUGCCGUGUGGGCGGGUGAGAAGGCGGUUGUUGCCUCGUCUACGGGCUCUGUAAAGGUUUUCGAGAACGGUAGUGAAGUCGCCAGCUUCAGCUCCCAUGCCGGCGCCGCGACGGCUCUUGCCGUGCAUGCCACUGGCGACAUUGUCGCCUCGGUUGGUGCGGAUAAGAGCUACGUGUUGUAUGAUUUGACGACAAACUCGGUGAUCACCCAGACCUACUGCGACGCCUCUCUUCUCUCUGUGAAGUUCCACCCAGAUGGCCAUCUGGUCGCUGCCGGCGGCGUGGACUCCCAGGUGAAGAUCUUCGAUGUCAAGACCGGUGCUUUGGCCGCCACUUACGCCAUGUCUGGUCCGGUAAAGUGCUUAUUCUUCUCGGAGAACGGUACCUUCCUGGCGGCUGUGGCGGAUAACUCUACAGUAAUCUCGAUUUGGGACCUGCGCACCUCCCAGGAAACCAAGGCCCUGGAGACGGGUAGCCAGAUCGAGUCGCUCAGCUGGGACUACACUGGCCAGUUCCUGCUUGCUGCUGGACCCAGCGGAUUGACUGUCCAGCAGUUCUCCAAGGCCGCGAAAUCCUGGUCGGAGCCCCUGCGGAGUGCGGUGCCGGCGACGGCUGUUGCAUGGGGUGCGGCGGCCCAGAGUAUUGUGGCGUUGGACAAGGAGGGUGCUGUCACAGUGCUGCAGGCACAGUAA